AUGUCUAAUAUUCAUAGUCUACAAAAUAAAUCUUUCUCUUCAUUAAAUAGAAAGAGUUCAUCAAGUGUUAAAUAUGGGAUACAACCAAAAGAUCAUCUAACAGAAAGUUAUGAAUCAAGUUUUAAACCUUUAACAAGAGGUAUAAUAGUAAAUAUAGAAGAUUCGGUUAAAAAAUCAACAACCACCAGAGAAAGAUUACAAUCUUUAGAUUCAAAAAGAAUAUUAAUAGAAGAAGAAGAACCAAAUAAAGUAGAAGAUUGUGAAGGAAAUCUUAUACAUUCAAAAGAAGCUGGACUUUUUGAUAUUAAAGUAUUUCAAAAAUUAAAAUCAUUUCAACUUCCAAAUGAUCAAAUACGUAAAAAUGGUAAAAAAGCAUAUUCUUUAACUAUAUCAAAAAAUGGAAUAUAUUUAGCAAUUGGAGAACAAAAAUCUAAAUUUGGGAAUUUUGAAUUUAAACCUUUAGAUGGAUCUAUUGUUAAUCUUGAAACUCAAUUAAGAGAAUUUUCAUUUGCAGAAGAUAAAUUUAUAUUACAAUUAAAAAAUGGUGAAUUUAUUAUAGCUAGUCAUUAUGGUAGAGAUGAUGAAAUUAGAUCAUAUUUUAAAAAAUAUCCCAAUCCAAAGAUUAAAGAAGAUAAAUUAUUAACAAAAGAAGGAGAAACAAAAUUAAUAAAUUAUAAAUUUAAUGAUCCUUUGAAAACAGCGGGGACAAGAGCUGCUACAAGAAGUUCAUUAAGAAUUGCCACAGCAGCAGCCUUAAAAGAAAAUCCACUUGAAGAACCCGACAAGUCUAUAAUAGAUAUAGAUGAGGUUUUUUUUUCGGGUAAUGAUUAUGUUGAACAUACUCCAAUUCCUAAUUUCAAACCUCCAUUACGUUAUAUUUUUCAAAAUGGAUAUAAAAUUACAGUUACACAAGAAGAUUUCAAAUCACUACAUCGAAAUAAUUGGAUAAAUGAUGUUGCAAUGGAUUUUGGUCUACGAUAUAUUGUUGAUGAUGCGGUAAAUCAAAAUAUUAUAAAAUCAGAUGAAACUUAUGUUUUCAAUUCAUUUUUUUAUUCAAAAUUAGUAGCUAAAAAUGAAAAUCCUAUAAAUUAUUAUCAAAAUAUUAAAAAAUGGGUUAAUAAAAUAGAUUUAUUAAAAUAUAGAUAUGUUAUAUUACCUGUUAAUGAAGAUUAUCAUUGGUAUUGUUGUAUAAUUAGAAAUCUUCCAGAUUUAUUAAGUUCAGAUGAAGAUAUAGAAGAAAUUGAUCCAAUAACUAAAAAAAUAAGAGGAGUUGUUGAAAUAUUUGUUUUUGAUUCAUUAAAAGGUAAAAGAGAUAAUGUUAAAACUCCUUUAAAAAAAUUUAUAAUAGAUUAUUGUAAAGAUAAAUAUGACAUUGAAGUUACUUCAACUUGUAUUUCAGUUGUAAACGCAAGAGUUCCUCGACAAAAUAAUUUUAAUGAUUGUGGAAUUCAUGUUUUAUAUAAUAUUAAAAAAUGGAUUAAAAAUAUGACACAAUGUGAAUCAAAUUGGAGAAAAUUUCAAGUAGCAGUUAUGAAAUCAAUAUUUUCAGGAGAAGAAAGAAGUAAAGAAAGAACUUAUUGGAUUAAUAUUUUAAUAAAAUUACAUUCAGAACAAGAUCUUCAACCAGAAGAACUUUUAGAAGAUGAUGAAGAUGUGGUUGAGAUUGUAAUGGAACCAAGAUUAAUUGAUGAUAUUUCAGCAGGUCUGGAAGAGAAUCAAAUAGAUGCAAAUGGUUCAGAUUCACAAGAGAAAGAACAAAACAUUGAAGUUGUAAAUUCACAAGAUAAAGAACAAAAGAUUGAGGUUAUAAACUCACAAGAUAAAGAACAAACAAUUACACAAGAAAAAGAAGAGCAAAGUCAAGAUUCUUAUCAAUCUGUUCAUCUGCAAUCUCAAAAUAAAAUAAAUAAUGAAGCUUUACAAAAUUAUUUAAAAUCUUAUGAUUUACUGGAUGAAAUUUGUAAUUUAUUAAAUAAAUAUUUUGAUAAAGAUUCUGAUAUCACAAGAGUUAAAAGUAAUUUAAUUAAACAUCAAAUUGAUAAAUUAAAAUCAGAUGAUUCAAUAACUAAAUUUGAAUUAUUUUUAUCAACAUAUCAUAAUGAAACUGUUGUAAAUGGUGUUAAAAAUAUAAGCAUCAAUGAAACAAAAGAAGAUAUAAGACCAAAAUUAAAAUGUGUUGAAAAAUUAAAUGAAAAAUUAUCUUCAAAACCAAAAGGUCAAUUUGCAAAAUAUUUUCAUUCAAAAAAGGAACCUGAUUUUGAAAUUGAAAGUGAUGAUUUGGAGAAGAUUACACCAGUUAAAAGAAUUGAUGCACCCUAUUCAGGAAUAGCUAAAAGUGCUUUAGGUUUAACUACAAAUAUCGAUAAUGAUACCUUCAAAUCACAAAAGAAAGAUGCAAGAAAAUUAAUUGAAGAAAUGGAACCUCAAAAAAGAUCUAGGUAUAGACCUCAACUUAAUGAGAAGUCAGGAAGUGAUAGCUCAAACCGAUCACUUCCAGAAAUUCCACAAACUAAAAUAAUUUUUGAACCAACAGAUAAUUUAUCAUUUAUAUCAAUUGUUAAACAAUUGGAGCGAUAUGAAAUUAAUGAAACAAAUGAAUAUAUUCGUAUUGAAAAACAUAAUAGGUUCAAUAAGUUGUCAAUUGAUAAUGAAUUUUGGAAUAAAUAUAUAUUAGAUUAUUCAAAUGAAAUUAUACGUAGAAGAGAAAUUGAUUUAUUAGAAAAUGAAAUAAUAAAAGGAAUUCCUGAAUCAAUUAGAUCAAUAAUAUGUUUAAAGACAUUAAAUAUUAACUACAGUUUCAUCAAUGAUCACGCCCUUGAUGAUUUGAAAAUAAAAUCAAGUCGAUAUAAUGGAGAAGUUUCAACUCUUGUCAAAACAAGAAAUGGUAAAGAAAUUUUACUGAUUUUUUAUUCAAUGUUUCAAGAUAAUGAAUUAAAAGAUUGUGGAAGUUUUUUAGGAAAUAUUACAGAUUUAAUAAUUGAUAUACCUGGAUUAUCUACUGAAGAACAAAUUUACAUAUUGUUUAAAAUUUAUAAUAUAUAUCGAUUUGAAAAAAAAGAUGAUUUAAUUUAUAAAAUUAAUCGAUCAUUAGAAGAUAAUUUGAGUAGUUUUAAUCAUAUUGCAAGUCAGGGGAUAAAUUGGUCAACUUACUAUAAAAGUGUAUUACCAAAAUUUUUUGCACUUGAUACUGAAACAAGUUUAAUUAUUUUAGAUUUAUUUUUAUUUGAAGGAUUUAAUUUUUUACUACGAUUAAUUGUAUGGAUAUUCAUUAAUAACCAAAACUUAUCUGAAUUAAAUGGUAAAGAAUUAUCAAAUUAUAUUAAUUCAAUUGAAUUUUUAACAGAAAAUGAAUAUAAUUUUAAAGAAAUUUUAAAUUUAAAUCCACCAAUAAUAAAUUAUGAAAAUGAAUUAUACUUGAUAAAAUCAAAUUCAAUGAAUAAUAAUUCUAAUGAAUUAAAAAAUUUAAUUGAUAUAAAUGAAGAUUUACAAAUAAAGAUAAAUGAAUCAAAUGUUAAAAUUAAUAAUUUACAAGCAACUCAUAUUGAAAUAUCUCAACAAUCUCAAGAAUAUAAUAAAAAUUUAAGUCAAGCGGAAGAAAAAAGACAAACACUAGUUAGAGAACGUGAUGAAUUAAAACAAAAAUAUAAUCAUUUAACUAUGAAAGAAAAUUUAUUAAAUACAAUAAAAGCUAAUAAAGAAUUUUCUGAAAGAAACAAUGAAUUACAACAACAAUUAAACACCUUAAAGAACUCAAUAGCUGAGAAGAAACAUAAAUUAUCAAAAGCUCCUAGUUAG